CUCAUAUGUAUGCACAACAGAAAAUAAAAGAAUUAAUAUUACAAGCAUACACUACUACCGUCGAACAUUAAAAGUUGAUUCGCUCAUUGAAAUAUAGAAUUCUAUCCUAUUUGUGGAGAGGAGAGAGAGGAAAUAAUGACAAACAAAAGCAUUGGAUGAGAAUUCCUUUUUGAAACAGGCGUUUUCACACUAGACAGAUCUUUUACACAUAAUUCGACAGUUCUAUAACAGUUUAUUGUGAAACGAAACUUCUUCUGUAUCUAUGAAGCGUACACAAUUUCUACGUUCUACUUCUGCUGAGACUAUAAUGUCAUAGAAUAAAUCAAUCUUGUCUUUCGAUCUUCAAAUCUCCUGCAUGUUUAUUUUGUUUAGAUGUGAACAUCGCGAACCUAAGACAACAUUCGAAGAGAUCCAUUAGUUCAUCAACAUGAUUUUUACUUACUCGCUCUGUUUUUCGCUUAUGUUCGUAUGCUCACCAUCUGAAUUUAGGUAAGAAAGAAGAAUCGCUUUCUCAUUAUUCAUUUAUUUAUUUCUGUUUUGUCUAAUAUAGAACGUACAAUAAACAAAAUGACAUAAUUUCUAAUAAAACAUGUAAAAGUUCAUCUUUACCGAAACGGUUACUCCUAUCGUUUUGCAUGUAGAAAUAACUAUGUAAAUUUGAAGGGGAGGUCACGAAAUAGAAAUAGUGUUUAGAUACUACUGUUUAGAGCACUGACAUGAAGAAGAGAAGAGAGAAAUUUUCUUUUCGAGAACAGUGUGAAACAGAAUAAUAUGUAAUUGUUUCUAAGUAAUAAUGUCUUUCUUUUAACUAUGUAUAGAGGCUUAAAUUCUAAGAUAUGCAAAAUCAAAUACCGCGUACAAACGACGAAAACGACCUUGUCCAAUCACCCAGAAAACUUUGUGGACGUCACCUUGCGACACACAACGACUAUAACAUUUCGUAUUAUUAUCAGAUUUGACCAUGUAAUCUGAACUAUAAAACGCAAACCAUUUAUUUCCUAAACCUAUGUACACUGGUGGAACAGAAUCGAAAUCUAUUGAACAAUCGAAUAGAUACUAAAAUGAAAGAGGACUCGUAAUGUAUUAUAUUACCAAAAUAUUGAAUGGUGCUCAAACGAGAAAAAUGCUGUCAGAGAUUUAAAUACCAGAUUUGUAGAGAAUUUAAGUCUCUAUCGAAUGAGACUAAAACCAGAUUUUUAGGUCACUCGGAAGUGUUCCAAAAAUCGCAACGAAGGACUGCCGGGUGACUUUUGGACCACCCUGUAUUACCACUAUCAUUUAAUGGUAAUAUAGAUUGUGUCACUAUUUUCGACUUAUAAGCAGCUAACAUUUGUAACAACUCGCAAUCAAAUGCUAAUUUACCAGAUAAUACAUUAUGAGUUCUUUUUCUCUUCUUUAAGAUCUGCAUCAAAACGUGAAAGUUCUUUUUUAUCAGUAUGCUUUGGUAUCUUUGUCUUUUCUCUACAAGUUUAUGUGGUAGAAAUGAUGUACAGUUUUGAUAAUUUUAUCUCAUCUCUUCUCUUGAAAAAACAUUCUUGACGAGAAAGUUAUUUUGUUCUUCUUUCGUUUUAGUCCACACAAAGUUUGGCACAAUCCACAUUGGAAACAGCAAAACAAAUUCGUACGCCAAAAAUAGUUGGUCAAUGUUUACAAAAUAAUUUAAUCGAUAAAGAACCGGCAUUAAGCGUCGAUUCAAUUUUAUUACGUCGACGACGUGAACAAUCAAAUCAUAAAUGA